AUGCUUUCCUCGACUUUACGUUCAGUUAGAUCUCAAUCUAAGAGAUUACCUGUUUUUGUUAGAACUUAUGCUGUUUCACCAACAGCUCAAGCAUUGAUUUCUAAAUCAGUCGAAGAAGUUGACCCUGAAAUGGCUGACAUUUUAAAUCAAGAAAGAACUAGACAAAAGAACUCAAUUACUUUGAUUCCUUCUGAAAAUUUUACAUCCAAAGCCGUUAUGGAUUUAUUGGGUUCUGAAAUGCAAAACAAAUAUUCUGAAGGUUACCCUGGUGAACGUUAUUACGGUGGUAAUGAAAUUAUUGACAAGGCUGAAGCAUUGUGUCAAAAGAGAGCUUUGGAAGCAUUCAAUUUGGAUCCAAACGAAUGGGGUGUCAAUGUUCAACCAUUAUCCGGUGCUCCAGCAAACUUGUAUGCCUAUAGUGCUAUUUUGGAAGUUGGUGACAGAAUCAUGGGGUUGGAUUUACCACACGGUGGUCAUUUAUCUCACGGUUACCAAACCAACACCACUAAAAUUUCUUACAUUUCCAAAUAUUUUCAAACUAUGCCUUAUAGAUUAAAUGAAGAAACUGGUAUUAUUGAUUAUGAUACUUUGGAAAAGAAUGCCCAAUUAUUCAGACCAAAAGUUAUUGUUGCUGGUGCCUCUGCUUACUCAAGAGUUAUUGACUACAAGAGAAUGAAACAAAUUGCCGAUAAAGUUGGUGCUUACUUGAUGUCUGAUAUGGCCCAUAUUUCCGGUUUGGUUUCUGCUGGCGUCACUGAUUCUCCAUUCCCAUACUCUGACAUUGUCACUACCACCACCCAUAAAUCCUUAAGAGGUCCAAGAGGUGCCAUGAUUUUCUUCAGAAAAGGUAUCAGAAAGGUUACCAAAAAGGGUAAAGAAAUUCCAUAUGAAUUGGAAAGAAAAAUCAACUUUUCUGUUUUCCCAGGUCACCAAGGUGGUCCACACAACCACACUAUUUCUGCAUUAGCUGUUGCUUUGAAACAAUGUAGUGCUCCAGAAUACAAACAAUACCAACAAGAUGUUAUCUCCAACGCUAAACAUUUUGCUGAUGCUUUAGUUUCCAAAGGAUUCAAAUUGGUCUCUGAUGGUACUGAUACCCAUUUAAUUUUGGUUGACUUGAGAUCUAGAAACAUUGAUGGUGCUAGAGUUGAAGCUGUUUUGGAAAGAGCCAACAUUGCUGCCAACAAGAACACCGUUCCAGGUGAUGUUUCUGCUUUAUUCCCAUCUGGUUUGAGAGUUGGUACUCCAGCCAUGACCACUAGAGGUUUUGGACCAGAAGAAUUUGACAAAGUUGCUGAAUUCAUUGACAAAGCUGUCAACAUUGCCAUUGAAUUGAAAGCUCAAGAACAAGGUAAAGUUCCAAAGGAAUUGUUAGCUUCUUUCAAGAAAUUGGCUGAUGAAAGUGAUAAAGUUAAAGAAUUGGAUCAAGAAGUUGUCUCUUGGGUCAGCAAAUACCCUGUCCCAGGUGAAUUGUAA